CAAGCCUCCGGUGACUAAGAAGCAGAAGGGGGCCGAUGAAGGUAAGGGUGCCCCCCUUGUGAUCCUUGAAGAGCCCUCCUCCUCGCACCUGGUGGAUCUUGACGAGGGGGCCUGGCCGCAAGAGACGGUGCGGUUCUCCUUUAAGAGGGGGACUGCCAUCGUGCACGGCACCCUCGAUCCGAGGGAAUAUCUGAAGGGUGCCACUCCCCCUUUGGAUUGCUCGACCCUCGGUAAGUUCGAGGACGAAGCCCUCGAGCGAAGAGCACUCGAGGCCUCGGUCACUGCUAGCCUGGCCUUCGGUGAAUAUGUCCGGAGAAUGGAGCAGCUUCGCCUCCGGAAGGCGGAAGACGACGAGGCCCUCAAGAGGCUUGUCGUCAAGAACACCGAGGCCAUCAGGAAGAUGGCUGAGCUGGAGGAGGCCCUGAGGCAGGCGGGCGACAAGCUGGAGGCCGUGAGGGUGGAGGCUCGCGCCGAGGGGAAGGCUGAAGCGGAGAAAGCCGCUGCCGAUGCCGCCAGGGAAGCAGCCGAGGAAGCUGAGAGAGCAAAAACUGAGGCCGCGGCCAAAGCUAGAGAAGAUGCCGUCGCCGCAUUUGUAU